GGUUUUCUCUUGAGCUACGAAAUGCUGUAGAGGCUGAACGAAUUCUGUUUCAGUCUCAUCUUUUCUUCUCUCAAACACAAAUGUCCGACGAAAAUGUGAAUUUCAUCCAUUUUCAUCAACAAACUGCUCGAAUUUCUCAGAAUUUCAGAGCAUCGAAGCCACUCCUUGAUCGUAAACGGGCUCGCGAUCUCGAGAAUUCUCCUGAUCAAUUGUCGAGCAGGGAUGGAAUUCGAUGUAAACUGGAAGCUCAGGUUACUGAGUCUAAAAGGAUUCCUCUGAUGGAGAUAUCUGUAAACACUCCAUCUCCAUGUUCUAGAACGGGGAACAAAUUGAUACAGAGUGAAUAUAGCAGUAUUUCAGAUGAUAGUUCAUAUAUCCAUAGGACGGAAUCAAACCGUGAAAAUUCAGAUGAGAGAAAAGUGUUUGUUUCUAUCAACAAUAAACAUGUAUCGGAUCCUUUUGUUACCCUGAUCAAACAACCAGAAUGUGCCAGUUUAAGUGAUUAUUUCUCGACACCUAGCCUUCUAGAUGAUGAUUUUGAUGAAUCCAUGUUGGAAGAAAUCGAUGCUAUAUGUGAGCAGCAAUCUGCAGCAAAAGCAGAAAGGCAGGAUCCAAUUGUGAGCUUAGACGUUGGAAGUUCACGAAAUGAUAUUAGUACGGAUGACUUUAUCGCUACUUCAGAUAUUCUCUCCUUGAGUCAUGAUGUGAGAGCUUUAGACAAUGGAGAUGUUUUGGAUCCAAAAGAGUUUGACAUAACUAUUGCUUUGAGUACAUCCUGUGAGAGCAUGCCUGAGGAGUACUCAAAAUACAUACAAUCUUUAAAUGAUAAACAGCGUGAGGCAGCUUGUAGUGAUAUAUCAAUCCCUUUAAUGAUUGUUGCUGGUCCAGGAAGUGGAAAGACUUCUACGAUGGUUGGGCGAGUCCUCAUGCUGCUUAAUGAGGGAAUAAGUCCAUCAAACAUCCUUGCAAUGACAUUCACUACUUCUGCAGCUUUGGAGAUGAGAGAGCGCAUUGGAGCAGUUGCUGGGAAGAAAAAAGCUAAAGAACUUACAAUCAGCACAUUUCAUUCAUUUUCUUUGCAACUUUGUCGCUCACAUGCAGAAAAGUUAGAACGCACAGCAGAAUUCUUAAUAUAUGGACAUGGCCAGCAGAGAAGAGCGAUCAUUGAGGCAGUGCGGUUAUUAGAAAAUGAAAAGAAUUGUGAUGCCCACAAAACUGAAGGGAAUUUUAAUGGUAGGAGGAAUCCAGAAGAUUUUAAGGAUAAGUCAAAGAAAUGGCAGAAGUUUGUGACUAAGGCUAAAGCUUCUGGAAAGACUCCUGCUGAGUGCUGUAAAAUGGGUGAUGAGAUGGGAGCUGCAAUUCUUGGAAAUUACAAUGACAUAUUAAUAUCUUGCAAUGCUCUGGAUUAUCAUGACUUAAUCAGCUGCUCAUUGAAGUUGCUUACUGACUUUCCUGAAGUGUUCAAGGAAUGUCAGGAUUCGUGGAAAGCCAUCAUAGUAGAUGAGUUCCAGGAUACCAGUGCAAUGCAAUAUGGUCUUUUGCGAAUUCUUGCUUCUCAUAACCGCAUAACUAUUGUUGGUGAUGAUGACCAGUCUAUUUUUAGUUUCAAUGGAGCUGAUAGUUCUGGUUUUGACUCAUUUCGCAAAGAUUUUCCAAAUCACAAAGAGAUCAGACUUGUGAGAAACUAUCGCUCCACUCGCUGUAUUGUUGAGGCUGCAUCUUGUCUCAUACAAAAUAAUGUCAAUAGAUGUCAGUCAAAGAAUUUUCUUUCUGAAAAUUCCCAUGGAUCCAAGAUCAUUCUGAAAGAAUGUUACAAUCAGGAUGCACAAUGUGCAUAUGUUAUUGACAAGAUCUUGGAAAAUGCAACCGAUGGUACAGUGGCUAGUUCAUCCUAUGGCAAUAUUGCAAUUCUUUACCGGAGACAGGUAUCAGGAAAACUGUUUCAAACAAGCUUCCGCCAUAGGAAAAUACCAUUCAACGUUCACAGUGUGGCCUUUUACAGGAAAAAGGUAGUUAGAGCCAUUAUUGCUAUGCUUAAAACAGCAUUGCCUGCUUGCGAUGAUGAUCCAUAUCGUAAAGUGUUCAAGGCUUUGCUUCCAUUUGAAAAAGAGGAAAAGAAAGGGGUAAUCGACUAUGUAGACAAAAUUUCAACUAUUAGGAAAUGCAGCUUCAUAUCAGCCGCCUCUGACAUCUUUAAUGCAAAGAUUUCCGGUACCUUCAAGAGGAGUCAACUUACAAAGGGUCGUAAGGUGCUGUUGACUCUAGACAUGAUUUCAAAGCUUGUUCAGAGGGAACAAUCAAUUUCAGCUGUAAUAACUUCUGUUGCAAACAUGAUACCACAGAAAUACCUUCUUGAGCAACGAGCAGUCAUUGAUGUUGAUGGAGGAAAAUAUCUGAAUGAGGAUAGUGACCUUAGAUCAGUUCUUCAAUACCUACUUGAUGAUGUAUCUGAUUUCCUAAAACAAUUUACUGAUAAAGUAGUCAUGAAAGAUGUUGAGGAAGAAAAAGGCUGUGUCUGUUUGCUGAAAUCUUUUAUUGGCUAUGUAAUGGAGCGUGAGAGAGAAAACUUUCGUUCCAGGAGACAUGACAAUGAAAAUUCUGUCACUUUGACUACCAUUCAUCAGUCCAAAGGCUUAGAGUGGGACAUUGUCUUCAUAGUGAAGGCGAAUGAAACUGAGAUCCCCUUGCUGCAUGAAUUUAAUGGUGCUUCACUGGAGAAUGGGACAACAGUUGAGGAAGAACGGCGUCUUUUAUAUGUGGCAAUGACCCGUGCUCGAAAAAAACUUUUUAUUCUGUAUGUUACUGUGGAUUCAAAUUGGCAGAUGCUUCAACCUUCACGGUUUCUCAGAGAAAUCCCAAAACAUCUUCUGGAGAUUCAGGCUGAUCUAAGCAUGGAAGAUAUAAAAACCAGACAUCAAGACAUUCAGAAAGAAAAUGCACAGUAUACCAUUGAUCUUCCACAAGAAAAGCAAUCUUCAGAAGCCCCUGAAAUGCAAAAUGAUUUAAUGGAGGUUCAAAUUUAUGCUGCCCCGAAAGAAUUCACAGAAUCAGUGGAGGCAAUCGAUGGAAAUAGUUUCCUAAGAAGAUUCAAUGUGGAAGACAGAUCAAUUGUCUCUCAUUUGUUCCAUCAAUGGGCGAAGAAGCCAGCCUUUAAAGCGCCUGGGAGGUUGCUUGACAAGGUUCGAUUUGUAAUUGAGGAGCGCCAAAGAGCCAAAAAUUACAAACACAAGGAUGUUUUGCGCGCACUGAAGUCCUGUUUAAGCUGUGAUGAAGCACUUCACUAUGCAGAAUAUGUAGUGAGGUGGGAGCAAAUACCUGCUGAUAAGCGUGCUCACUUGAUGCGGGAGAAACAGGAGCAUUUCCAGAAACUAAGGAUGGAAACAGCUAUGGGUUCAUCAGCACCAACAUCAAAGCAGUACUUGACAUUACAUUCAUUUUCCACUAACGAGGAGGUAGGGUAGAAUAGAAGACCAAGUGGAUUUACUAGUUAAUACAGAUGUUUCAAGCAAUGUACUUUAUUAGAUGAACAUAUUCUUGUAAGAGUGCAUGUUUUUUUAUACUAGACUGCAUUAGAUUAUAAAACAAGAAUCAUUGGAUAGGAAAGAACCCAAAAUAUCAGGAAGCUCACCCCUACCCAAUGGUUAAAUUAUGCAAUUUAGACCAUUCAACACUUUUUUGUGAUUAAAUACUACUUCUACGAAAUUUCCUCACAGGCUCUAUUAAAUUAUUCCUCUGUAAGUUGUAAAUGCAUGCCCCCUUAGAAUGUUUGUAUAUUAAUGCAGAUUAUUUCUUAGAACUUUGAAGUUUACGCGCCGUUUUAAUUUUUUUAUACCACCAAAUCAAAUUAUGAGAGGUACCUCAACUGAAUUUGCGUAUUCCUUGAACUAUAGAUUGCAUACCUGCGAACUUUGGGAUGCACCGAGUCUCCUACUUCACGUCUCCAGGCUUCUCGUCUGAUUGAGCAGUACAAAUCAUUGUGACCUCGCUAUACUAUUUAUGAUGCUUGUAUUCAUGUAUAUUACAAUUACUGAAAUUAUAUAUCUACUUGGUACCCAUAUGAAACCUAAAACCAAGUUUGUUUUAUUGCGAUUGAAGUUUCACAUGGGUAAAUGCGAAUGUAAGGACAAACUUUUUUAGCAUGCUACAUGAAUCGGAGAUCUAUCCAAGAAUGAAUGAUCAUUUGGAAGUAAUUUCCCAUAGUUACCUAAUAGGUUCGGGUUCAAGCAAAUCCCAAACAGAAGGGAACAACAACUCUUGAGCCUCAUGUUGAGAUGAAAUUAUCGCCUUCAACUCCACAUAACAUAUAGCAGAGUAAAGCAUUCAAGAUUUC